AUGGGCAAGGAUAACGCCAACCCGACAAUUCUCAAUGUGUCUCAGCUGCCAACGAGGCAGGCCAAGAAGAAGAAGGUCGCCCUAAGCGGGCCCGGCACAAAAUACGCCAGCCUCAUCUUCUCCCGCCCUGCCUAUCUUUCGUCAUCUGCGUCGUCCUCGGACGAUGAAAGCACCUUCGACGAAUGGAGUGGGGCCGAACAGGGGUUCACCGACGAUGGCUUCGUGGAGGAGCCAAUUGAUGAGCAGGAGAUUUACGAUCCAGAGCACCCUCUAUCCCUGGGUCAACUGGCAGUCGUCAACCUCCCGGAUAUCCACAUUACCCCGCCCCCAUCGUCGGGCGCAUUCUCGGAUCCUGAUGCCCUGGUAAACGUCCUCGUGGAGAUCACACCCACCAUUACGCAUUGCUCCCUGGCUACGAUCAUCGGUCUCGGGGUAAGGGUUCGUCUCGAACAGGCCUUACCGCCCAACUACAGGGUUGAUGUCCGGGUCAAGGAGGACACGCAUUCUCAAGACGACCAGGUUAACAAGCAGCUGGGGGAUAAGGAACGUGUCGCGGCGGCCCUCGAGAACCAAGACCUGAAGAGGAUGUUGGACUCCAUGCUCUCCACUUGCACGUGA